UUUUACAGCAAUCUCAUGAAACUACAAUUCGUUAUCAGCAAUCUAUAUUGUGCCAUACACUAUUGUGCCGUGAUACUGGUUGGUGUCUCGAUCUAUUUGCUCCUUCUGGAAGAUGCAAUGGCAGGUCGUUUGAUUAUCGUGCUGGCCAUUGUCAGCUUCUUGUUGGAAUGCUACUGGUGGUGUAGCAUCGCCGAGUCAUUUCAAAGCGUGAAUACAGCACUGGAAGAGCACAUUCUGGACCUCAUGGUAAUGAUUCCCUACGAGGCCGACCAUCACAAUGACUACAUCCAACUCCGCACGACGCUGAUGAUCUUCAAGAUUAAUAUCCGAAACAGUGCCCGUUUUAACUGUGCAGGAAUUUUUCAACUUUCACGGGAAUCGUUCGUACAGAUUGUUCAACGAUCGUAUGCGCUUUUCACUUUCCUGCUGAAUGUUGGCUUUUCAAAGUCGAUACAAUUUUAA